AUGCCACCGGAGCACGCCGCCGUUGCCAAGGAAGCAAUGGUGACUGAACCGCUUGUGCCCAGCACUGAGCCGGUGAUGAUCCGGGAGCAGGACAGGCUGUUGCCCGUGGCCAACGUGUCCCGCAUCAUGCGCCAUGCGCUCCCUCCCCACGCCAAGAUCUCCGACGACGCCAAGGAGAUGAUCCAGGACUGCGUGUCCGAGUUCAUCAGCUUCGUGACCGGCGAGGCGAACGAGCGUUGCCACACCGAGCACCGCAAGACCGUCACCGCGGAGGACCUCGUGUGGGCCAUGAACCGCCUCGGCUUCGACGACUACGUCAGGCCCCUCAACGCCUUCCUCCAGCGCAUGCGCGAGAUCGAGGGCGGCGGUUCCGGGCGCGGCUCUCGCCGCGGGUCGUCCCUGGUCGCACUCCAGGGUGCGCAGACGCUGCGCCCCGCCUACCCAGAUGCACCGCAAGGUUACGCCGUCCGGCCCGUCCCUCGCCCGGUUCCUGUUCCAGCCAGCAGCGUGGCGUCGCGCUUCGGCAGCAGGCACCUGCAGCUUCCCGGCGGCCAGCGUUCCAUGGUUCCCUACUACGGAGGAGCGGCGGCGUUCCGAGCUGUGGGGAGUCAUGGGGGAUUCUACGCUGACGAGGCAAGCUCGUCGGACGAGGCACCACCGGCGGCGCGGCGUGCUGGAUCGCGCCGCUACUAG